CCAGGUCGACGUGAAAGCAGGAUUCAUCUUUUGUCUGUACUAGCGUGCGAUCAAUAAUAGUAGAAUAAUGCUGCAUGGAAGGGCACGGGUACAACUUCAACGGCGAAUGAUCACACACACGAAAAAUAAACCACGUCCCUAGACAUUAGUACAGCGAUCGCAACUGUUGAAUCGAAGCAGGAAGAAGGAACUACGUUAAUUGAAUGUUGUCAUAGUCUUCAUACCGUUGGCGUAUUGAUUAUGAUCUGGCAACCAACCUUUUCCUUUCCUGAACGAUAACGACUGCAGCCCGACUACUUGUUCAACUACAAAAUGAUAUUUACGAUUUUUUCGUGUCGUGCGGUGGUUACGCUCGUCGCGUCCUGUCUAUUCCAUUCGCAUGUCGUGAACGUCGCAGCGCUGAAGAUAGGCAUAGGUGCCGUUAGGGUGUCAAGCGGGCCUGUAGCUGACGACGCAGGGUGCACUGGCAGCUUCUUAUGCGUCAGAAGUAGCACUGACGAGCGUGGUGCUCAGGCAGCUCCAACAAGUGGUGCUGCUACCUACUUCGUGCCGCCGAGUUCAGCAGGAGCCGCGGCACCCCCGCCCAGCAACGAAGACACUACUGCGUUCAUGUAUGAUAGUUAUGGUACUACACCUUUCCCGCAUAACGACAGCCUGGGCUUACCGCGCAUACAUGACAUGUUACGCCAACAGCAGCAGCAGGAGUUUCUCCUCGACGAUCGCAGCGAUUUACUUGCUAGAAGGCUGCCCUGCUGCCGAAACGUCGUCGGAGAGAGGAAGAGGUCUACUCUUUGCUUCAUGGCCUGUCUGGCCGCAUCUCCGAUAUCCUUUUUCGGCGGUUUGGGAAUUUUGGACCACUUUCAUCCGGAGCAAACUAAAAAUCCAUUUUACAUACCGCGGUACCACAAAAAACAAUUCAAUGCAGAAGUGGCACGAGAAGACCAUGAUGACCAGGAAGACGGUGAAGGAGAAACCUGGAUGA